AGUUUUAUAGUUAGCAGUUAGUAGUGUAUGUGUGUAUUCAAAAGGAUAGUAGACUUUAUUAAAACAAUAAUGUUUGGAAAACAAUUGGUUAGUUUUCUAACAAUUUUACUAAUUACAACAUUUAAUUGUUAUAUUUGUUUUAAAGAUAUUAUAAAAGAAUGUCCUGAACUGCCAUUCAUUAGACGUAGUGAAUGGGGGGCACGUCUAUCAAAACAAUCACUCCAACCGUCUAAGCUACCCGUCCAGCAUCUGUUCAUACAUUCAACUAGUAGUCAUCCUGGCCAUUGUCUGGAUCUGAACUCAUGUAUCCGUGCCGUUAGCUAUAUCCAAGACUAUCAAAUGGAUAUAUUGAAACAUCGGGAUAUUAGCUAUAAUGUAUUGAUUGGCGGCGACGGCCGUAUAUAUUCGGGACGAUCAACACUGUCGGUCGGAUCGAAACCAAUCGGUUUGGCCAAUCAAUCGCUGACCAUAGCAUUUGUUGGCCAGUACGAUUUCGGACAGGGUCCCAGUCAACUGAUGUUGGAUACGGCCCAACGUUUUAUCAAAUGUCUGGAACGUGUGGGCGACCGAUUGUUGCCCGACUAUCAAUUGCACGGUCACCGGGAUCAGACAUGUACGGCUAGUCCUGGCAAUUUUCUGUACGAUAUUAUCAAAAAAUGGCCACACUAUCAGGGCGGACCAUUGCCAACGUUUAGGUGCAAUGACGAAGGUUAUAAUAUGAUGAAACGUUUUAUGGAUAGUGCUCGUAAUCGUAGUAGUCGUGGUGGUGGUGGUGGUGGUUGGCCUGGUAGUGGUGGUGGUGGUGGUGGUGGUGGUGUUGCUAAUUAUCACCUGGCUCCUGAUGGUUCACCUAUUCCUCAAUCAAAUGAUAAUAAUUUAUCCGAAAUCAAUAGAAACAAUGCUAAUCUGUUACAUGUAGAUUAUAGAAAUCUUGAUGGCCGAUCUGCCAGUCCAGCUAGUGAUAGCACAGUUAACGAUUUAUUGAGAAAAUUUGGCCUGGCUAAAAAUAUUACUGGUGCUGCUGCUGGUGGUCCUGGUGUUGGUGGUGGUGGUAGUGGUAGUGGUAGUGGUAGAGUUAGUGAUCGUGAUUCACUUGUUGGUUCUGCUUUUGGUUAUCCCGUUGCUGCUGCUGGUGGUGCUGGUAGUGGUGGUCCCGGUGUUGGUUCAGCUACUAUUGGUGGUGCAGCUACUGGUGGUCCCGGUGUUGGUACAGCUACUAUUGGUGGUGCUAUUGGUUCUCCUAUAUUACCUGUUGCUGUUGCUGUUGAUAAUUCAUUGAAACAUUGAUAAUUCAAUUAAAUAAAACAGAUUUAUAAUAUAUAUAUAUAUAUAUUUAUAU